AUGAAGAGACGUACUGCUAUUAUAGUUGGGGCCGGUGCCGGUGGAGUAGCUACCGCUGCUCGUCUGGCAAAAGAAGGCUUCGAAGUGACUGUGGUAGAGAAGAACAGUUUUAUCGGUGGCCGAUGCUCGCUGAUCCAGGAGAAUGGCUACAGAUUUGAUCAAGGGCCAUCUCUCCUUUUACUCCCGAAGCUCUUUGCAGAUACAUUCAAAGAUCUCGGGACUUCAAUGCAGGAUGAAGGCGUUCAAUUGCUCAAGUGCGAGCCCAACUAUCGGAUAUGGUUUGGGGACCAUGACCGAGUUGACAUGUCAACAGAUAUGGCCAAAAUGAAAGCGGAAAUAGAGCGUUACGAAGACGAGGCAGGAUUUGAUCGAUACUUGUCGUACAUGAAAGAGUCCAGCCGGCAUCAUGAUCUCUCUAUGGUCCAUGUCUUAAAGAAAAACUUCCCGCGCCUCUUCAGCAUGCUCCGGCCUGAGUUUCUAUUCUCUACCCUGACACUGCAUCCAUUUGAGAGCAUAUACAGCCGGGCGAGUAGAUAUUUCGCUUCGGAAAAGAUGAGACGGGUUUUCACCUUUGCAAGCAUGUAUCUUGGGAUGAGCCCCUUUGAUGCACCAGCCACAUAUUCGUUGCUCCAGUACUCUGAACUUGCCGAUGGGAUAUGGUAUCCCACCGGUGGGUUCCAAGCAGUUCUGGAGGCGGUGGCGAAUAUUGGGAAACGCUCAGGAGUGAAGUAUCGCCUCAACGAGCCUGUCUCCUCAAUCCAGCUCUCCAAAGAUAGGCGCACUGCAGUUGGUGUGAAAUUAAGCUCUGGCGAGAUUUUGACAGCAGAUACAGUUGUUAUCAAUGCCGAUCUCGUCUACGCCUAUAACGAGCUCCUACCAAUCUCUCCUCUGGCUAAGACUUUGAAAAAUCGACCCGCAUCAUGCAGCAGUAUUUCGUUUUUUUGGUCCUUUGAUCGUGUUAUUCCGGAACUGCAGACGCAUAACAUUUUUCUGGCAGACGAAUACCAGGAAAGCUUUGAUUCGAUAUUCAAUGACCACAAGAUACCGGAUGACCCAUCAUUUUACGUGAAUGUGCCCAGCCGUGUUGACCCAAGUGCGGCACCACCGGGCAAGGACGCUGCAGUAGCGCUUGUCCCGGUAGGUCAUUUAGUCAACGACAACACCUGGGCUGAUGAUAUGAACUCAGUCGUAGCUGAAACCCGGGAGAGGAUCAUUGACACUAUCGAAUCUCGCACGGGUGCUCGUGGCCUGCGUGAUUGUAUUGUCUCGGAGAAAGUCGAUACGCCCUUUACCUGGAGGGAGAAGUUCAAUCUUCAUCAGGGGGCUAUCUUGGGGCUUUCUCACUCGUUCUUUAAUGUGUUGAGCUUCCGCCCGAAGACUAAACAUGACAGUAUCAACGGACUCUACUUCGUUGGUGCCAGUACCCACCCCGGCACCGGAGUCCCAAUUUGUUUGGCGGGAAGUAAGAUCGUCUGUGAGCAAAUCCUCGAGGGUUUUGGUAUUCAGAAGUCAGGCAAGGGACUGCAGAAGAUUCGUGGAUGGACAAUAUGCGGGAGACUUGCUAUGUUUGUGCUAUUUAUUUUUGUUUGGGCUAUAGCUUUCGGCUUUAGAAAUUAUAGCUAG